AUGGUCCUUCACGAGUUCGUGGAAACCGUUCGCUGGGCCUUCACCAACGGUUCCACUGACGUUGGAGCCUUUUUUUACGCCGUUCUUUUCAUCGUCCUCUUCAGCGUCAUAGCGUUGGUUGUCGCGUGUUGCGUCUCCGUGGCAAUGGGAGCAUGCGUAAAUCGUUGCACUAAGAACCGAGACGAGGAGGCGAACAAGCCUGAUGAAGAAGACGGCGACGAUGCCGCCGCUGGUGAGAUGGAGGAAAACGACGAUUAA